AUGUCCCACGAUGACUCCACAGAAGCCUCUACGAAGGUUUCCUUGACCACAUUCACCAUCCCUAAAGAUUCAUUCACUGCAUUCCGUUUGCUGUAUGCUCCAGCACACGAAGUUGGCGAGUUUGCCAAGGUUCUAUAUUUGGGCUCGAUUCCUGCCGCUUGGUAUGGAGGUAAACAGUAUGGCCUUCUAUCGGGGUCAGUCAAACGAGCCAAGAAGAAGAUGAAACGGAAGUUGAAGUCGUCAUAUAAAGUUAUUGACCAGUCUCUACGGCUGACUUCUGAGUACCCUGCCUGGAAUAGUGACUAUGAGGAUGCAAAGUCUACAGACAGGGCAUGGUCUGACGUUGAUGAGAUCUCUAUUGAUAACCAGAGACACGCGUCUGAAGCUAUAAUUAAUGGUGGCCUUUUAGUGCCGCCUUCGUUUCGUUAUGAUAACGAGAGAGAGAAUCCUCUGGAUGAAGAGGACCACGGAGCUCUAAGGCGUGAAAGCAGUCAUUACACAGAAGAACAUGGUACAACGUUCAACUUUGACCAGCAUAAUGAAAUCACGUUUAAUCAAGCAAUUCAUGGGUUGGAAACUGACGAGGACCUGGUCAUAACGGGUGAUUCUGAUAAUCCACGCUUCUUUCGUCCUAACUCACCUUCUCCAGCUACAGAAGAGAGAGAUGCAGAAAACGAUGACCACCUUGAAGAAGCCACUAUUCACACUUGCACCUCUGCAAUUGACUCAAACGAAGAAGAGAUGAUGCUGCCAAUAUUGGCUCCUCAAGCUACGAAUCUUCCAGAGAGUGAGCCCGAAGAACCGCUUCAAGUGACCUUUGACUCGACCGCUAAACCUUCCAAGGGCUCAAAAAUGGCAUUUGCAUCCCCUACUCCAGAAUGUGGCCAAGAUCACCAGGAACUCGCCAACGAAUACAUCAAGGCUAAGAAAAACCAUCUCAGGAAAAUAAAAAAGCUCAAGAAGAUUGGUGGUUUCGCUUCUAAUACAGGAAGCAAAGCGAAGAUGAAAGGUUCAAGGGUGAAGCUGAGGGUUGCACGCAGAAUAUUGAGCAAGUUCAAGCCAGGUGAAAUAGUCAGGGUCGACAGAAUGCUUGUACAGAUCCUGAGAUGUGAUGAAUAUCUCCUGGGAAGUCACUUUAACGAGGAAUCUAUUGAAAAGUUAAAGAUCACCGACAGAUGGAAGGAGUAUAACGUUGUGCUACGCAAAUCAGACGAGAUGCUGGCGCUUCUUGUUGUACAAUUCUACGAUCCUAAGAAGGGGUCCACAUUUGAUGAGAAGCCCGAAUACAAGGUCAGAUUAGGACCUGAAGUGAAAAUCGGCUUUUACAGCAACAUAGACAAGACCAUCAGUAUUUCGCUGGAGAAAGAAUGGGGAACUCGCGUUGUCAUCAUGAACGCCAGAUACGAAGGUGUCGCUCAUAAGUGGCUUUUCCUUGUGAAUGAAAUACUUGAAGGCACUGAGGAAUGCGUUUUCAAUAUCACACUCCCUGGAUUAGGCCAAGGCAUUGGAAUACCAUUCGACACUUCUAUGAUGAAACAGCUUAAACAGACGCUGAAUGAUCUAGAAAUCUCUCGCAUGGAGUAUGGCUAUCAUGUCUCUCAAUGCAUCCUUCAGGCCUACUUGAGAGAUAAAAUCUACGCCAAGCUUAACCAUGCUACUCGAUUUAACGAAGAAGUGAAGAAUUGGCUCGCGGAGAAUCCCGAUCCAUGGUUUUGCUUCAAGUUUUACGACCGUGUCGAAUGGAUCCCUCAGAACAGCAUGGUCUUUUAUGUGAUGCAUAAGCUCAUGCAGAAGGAUUAUGAGUUACAGUUAAGACAAAUCAGCAGACCGCUGCUUUACAUUGAAGAUCGUGAAGGGAAUCGCUGGACGAAACCUUACCCGGUAGAGGGCUUCCUUGGCAGGGCAACAAGUACUUCAGGCAAAGAAAUCACAAAGUUAAGAGUCUUUUACAAGGUAUCUUACUUUUUCACAGUUGAGAAUAUGCUUUUCUUUACCAAAAUGUUUGAAGGCCGUCCUCCGUCGAGAACCAAUACAACUCGUAAGUCUUGUGAGGAUGAAGACGAAGAGGAUUCCAUGCCUCCUGAGCGUUUUAUCAAAGAUCCAUUUGAAGUUGAUAAACAUGGUCAUAUUCCUUGGAUUAACCUGCCUGACUUCGAAGAAAGAGAUAAACAUAUUGUUGAAGAGCUAGAGCGCAGAAUUGCGCAGAUCAUCAAAGCAGAAGGUAUGGUAGAUCUUAUGCAAGUGAAAUCUGUUGAACCAUAUCCACAUAAGAAGUUAUUUACGAAGCAGAUCUACUUCCAUUCCCUUUUUUGGCAUGCCAAUACGUCAAUCAAUACUGAGGAAGAGGUGUUAGAUUGUGCAUUACAGAUUGAGCUUCACAAUGGCACCAAACUUAGAUUAAUGGCCUCAUCGCAGGCUAUCAGAGAUGAAUGGAUCCACAAGUUAAGGGAUUUAGUUGCAUAUCAUACAAUGGCUGAUAGAACUAGAGUCGUGAAGGCGACACAGACGAGAAAGGAUAACAUGGAGAAGCUUGGAAUCAAUGAGUAUGUGGAUUCCAACAUUGUCAAUGAGCAUUAUGGGUUCGAAACUCCAUUCGCCAAACCUAAUGAGCAUAUAUUCGAUAUGAGCGGUUUGGCUAUGCCGCUGUGCGUCUUGAUGAGCGGAUAUCUAUAUCAGAAGCACAAGAAGCAUGCCAACUUUGGGGCACUCUACGUGGUUCUAUGUCCUGGCUAUUUAAUAUUGUUCUCCUUAGCCAGGCGUUCCAAAACCACUGGUAUGCUUAAAAGAAGGCCUUGUUACGAGCAUUACUUCACAAUCCCAGUGUCUGAGUGUUUCGUGUACCUGGGUAACCAAACGGUAUUUGACUUGGUCGAUUUUGAUAAUGGCAGUCAAGAAAGGGUCUCCGGCCGCAACCAGCUUCCAAGAAUAUAUCCCGACGGAUGGAAGCUGUGUGAAGAGGAGCUGCAGCUUUGCUUUACGCUUUGGUUCGGGCAGAAAAGAAAGCUCAGGCACCAGUUGGAAGUUGCAUCCAAUCCAAGCAUGAUUUCCAUGGUCAGAUUGCUAGGAAUGACUGGAAGAAGUAUGGUAUUCAUGGCCCGUUCCAGAGUCAUGAGAGAGGCUUGGGUGACCAAACUUCUCCAAGAAAUCAACCGUUUCUCAAGCCACUGA